GGCUCGGCCGCUGCAGCAGCUGCGAGCGCGCCACACCGCCGAGCCUCCUGCAGCAAUGGCUCGUCCGUGAAACGCCAGCCGGCUCUGUGCCUUCCAGGAGAGCUUGCAUCCUUCCUUGGGGCUUCCCCACUGUCUUGGUUGAAAAUGGCUGUCUAGACUAAAAUGUGCCAGAAGGGACCAAGCGGUGGCUAUCGAACCUGGUAAGCCCAACUCAGAAGCUCCGAGACCUGGAGGAGGAGGAGGAGCUCGGCUCUGAAAAGUGCAGUCAUGAAUUCUGGAGUUGCCAUGAAAUAUGGAAACGACUCCUCGGCGGAACUGAGUGAGCUCCACUUGGCAGCCCUGGCAUCACUCAAGGGAGAUAUAGUGGAGCUUAAUAAACGUCUGCAGCAAACAGAGCGGGAACGAGACCUUCUGGAAAAGAAAUUGGCCAAGGCACAGUGUGAACAGUCCCACCUCAUGAGAGAACAUGAGGACGUCCAGGAGCGAACAACGCUUCGGUACGAGGAACGCAUCACGGAACUCCACAGCAUCAUUGCUGAGCUCAAUAAGAAGAUAGACCGUUUGCAAGGCACCACCAUCAGGGAGGAAGAUGAAUACUCAGAACUGCGAUCAGAACUCAGCCAGAGUCAGCACGAGGUCAACGAAGACUCUCGAAGCAUGGACCAAGACCAGACCUCUGUCUCCAUCCCUGAAAACCAGUCCACCAUGGUCACCGCUGACAUGGAUAAUUGCAGUGACCUGAACUCGGAGCUGCAGAGGGUGCUGACGGGGCUGGAGAAUGUUGUCUGCUGCAGGAAGAAGAGCAGCUGUGGCCUUUCCGUGGCUGAAGUGGACAGGCACAUUGAGCAGCUCACCACGGCCAGCGAGCACUGUGACUUGGCCAUCAAGACAGUCGAGGAGAUUGAGGGGGUACUUGGCCGGGACCUGUAUCCCAACCUGGCUGAAGAGCGGUCUCGUUGGGAGAAGGAGUUGGCUGGGCUGAGGGAAGAGAAUGAAAGCCUGACUGCCAUGCUGUGCAGCAAAGAGGAGGAGCUGAACAGGACCAAGGCCACCAUGAACGCUAUCCGGGAGGAGCGGGACCGGCUCCGGAGGCGGGUUCGAGAGCUUCAAACGCGACUACAGAGCGUUCAGGCCACAGGGCCUGCCAGCCCUGGCCGCCUCACUUCCGCCAACCGCCCAGUUAACCCCAGCACCGGGGAGUUGAGCACGAGCAGCAGCAGCAACGACAUUCCAAUCGCCAAGAUUGCUGAGAGGGUGAAGCUAUCGAAGACCAGGUCCGAGUCUUCAUCAUCUGAUCGACCAGUCCUGGGAUCAGAAAUCAGUAGUAUAGGGGUAUCCAGCAGUGUGGCGGAACACCUGGCCCACUCUCUUCAGGACUGCUCCAACAUCCAGGAGAUCUUCCAAACACUCUACUCACAUGGAUCUGCCAUCUCAGAAAGCAAAAUUAGAGAGUUUGAGGUGGAAACAGAGCGGUUGAAUAGCCGCAUUGAACACCUCAAAUCCCAAAAUGACCUCCUGACCAUAACCCUGGAAGAAUGCAAGAGCAACGCUGAGCGCAUGAGUAUGCUGGUGGGGAAGUAUGAAUCCAACGCCACGGCGCUGAGGCUGGCCCUGCAGUACAGUGAGCAGUGCAUAGAAGCCUAUGAACUCCUCCUGGCACUGGCUGAGAGUGAGCAGAGCCUUAUCCUGGGGCAGUUCCGGGCAGCCGGCGUGGGGUCCUCUCCUGGAGACCAGUCAGGGGAUGACAACAUCACUCAGAUGCUCCAGCGCGCUCACGACUGCCGGAAGACAGCUGAGAAUGCUGCCAAGGCCCUGCUCAUGAAGCUGGACGGCAGCUGCGGGGGCGCUUUUGCCGUGGCCGGCUGCAGCGCUCAGCCCUGGGAGAGCCUGUCCUCCAACAGCCACACCAGCACAACCAGCUCCACAGCCAGUAGCUGCGACACGGAGUUCACUAAAGAAGAUGAGCAAAGGCUGAAGGAUUACAUCCAGCAGCUCAAGAAUGACAGGGCCGCAGUCAAGCUGACCAUGCUGGAGCUGGAGAGCAUCCACAUCGAUCCCCUCAGCUAUGAUGUUAAGCCCCGGGGGGACAGCCAGCGGCUGGAUCUGGAAAAUGCCGUGCUAAUGCAGGAACUGAUGGCCAUGAAGGAGGAGAUGGCCGAGCUGAAGGCCCAGCUCUACCUCCUGGAGAAGGAGAAGAAGGCGCUGGAGCUGAAGCUGAGCACGCGGGAGGCCCAGGAGCAGGCAUACCUGGUGCACAUCGAGCACCUGAAGUCCGAGGUGGAGGAGCAGAAGGAGCAGCGCAUGCGAUCCCUCAGUUCCACCAGCAGCGGUGGCAAAGACAAGCCCGGCAAGGAGUGUGCUGAUGCCGCCUCCCCAGCUCUGUCUCUGGCUGAACUGAGGACAUCAUGUAGCGACAGUGAUCUGGCUGCCGAGUUCGCCAGUGCCAUCCGUCGAGAAAAGAAGUUAAAGGCCAGAGUGCAAGAGCUGGUGAGCGCCUUGGAAAGACUCACCAAGAGCAGUGAAAUCCGACACCAGCAAUCAGCAGAGUUCGUGAAUGACCUAAAGCGAGCCAACAGCAACUUGGUGGCUGCCUAUGAGAAAGCAAAGAAGAAGCAUCAGAACAAACUGAAGAAGUUGGAGUCUCAGAUGAUGGCCAUGGUGGAGAGACACGAGACCCAAGUGAGGAUGCUCAAGCAAAGAAUAGCUCUGCUGGAGGAGGAGAACUCAAGGCCACACACCAAUGAAACUUCACUUUAAUCAGCACUUGGGCACCAAAGCUCCUUCCAUGGAAGCUAAACUCUAGCAGUUCACCGGGGACAGAAGCACCCUGGAGGCAGAGCACCUGGUGGGAGAGUGACAAAAAGGAAGGUUGGCAGGUAGGUCAGCACCUGCAUAGUGGAGUGCCAUGGACUCAUCAGCCCCAGGGGUGAGUGGUCUGGUGACACCGUGUAGACUAUCCAGAGGCUCCUGCCCCUACCCUUCCAGGCCCACGGACAGCCUGUAAAUACCUGCUCUGUGCGCCAUGCUCAGUAGGCCUUGCUUCUGCUCUCAGCCCCGGCAGUCACUCUCCCACCUGUUCUGGAGCUUGUGCAUUGGUGGUACCCUCGGCAUUUGUUUUACAAGACUGUCCAUUCUUUCCUUAUCUUUGACAUCCCAUUUCUCCUCUUUCUUCUUCAGGGAUAAAUGCUGACAACACAUGGGAGUGGGGAGGGGUUGUCUUCAGCCUCUAGAACUGAUUUGCUUAUUGCAACCAGGCCUUUGGUGUUCAAGUCCCACUACCAACCCCAAGACAGACGGUCGCUCAGAGGUGCUCUGGAAGGUAGAUUACAGGGGGGUGGUGCAUAGGCAUCGCUUCUGGUCCCUGAUACAUUUGAAGUUACAGGGGGAGCAACCCCAGGGCUAUGCCUGACAGCUGUUUGGGAGAAUGAGCACUUCUUUCACCUCUCACUGUGGAUGUAGGGAUGGGAAGGGCACUUUCUUUUGACUCUGGGAUUUUCCCUCCCAGUGGAGCCUUAUUAAAGCCAAGACUUAGAGCUAAGAUAGUCCUAUUGAUACAUACAGUGGAACUAAAAUUUUACCAGGAGUUUCUUCAAGAGCAGAGGAGCAUUAGUACUUUUGCCCACCCCAGGGCACCACAUAAUUGCUGUUCUGCAUGAAUCAAAUAAAGCUCAUGCACAGGACAAGAAACAUAGCUCUGGACCGCUCUUUCUCUAAAGGCAAGAGGCAGGACAUGGAGUAGACUGAAUGUUUUGCAGGCUGAUACCACCUAUUGAAGAGACUGCUACUGAACCACCAGUUCAACUUCACUUCUGCUGUUAGGAAGGGCAGGGGGUGAAGAAAUGGUUGUUGAGACCUCCUUUUAUCCCCCUAGAGAAAUGGCGGUUAGUAUACGGUACUUAGUCCUUAAACAGGUUAAAUCUCAAGAAAAAUGCUGACAGGGCUGGGCGGGGACCAAAGUACCUGAAUUCUUUCAGGAAGGCCUCCACCAUCUUAAAUUCAUUAUUCCAUUCCUGUCUUUCAGUUCUUCUGUAGUUACCCUACACUGCCAUUUUCAAACACCACUUGCCUUUCAUUCUGUAGCACCUGAAGAUCCACCCAGUCUCCUGAGAACUGUAUCCCAAUGCCACAGUGCACGAAGUUUUGUUUAUGACCAGGUCACAUUACAGCCCCAAUAUCCGUGAGCUACUAAAAGUCUGUUGUCAGACAAGCUGAGUUCCUCAAGCUUUCUUUGCAAUGGCGAAGGCCACUCCAGCCCCCACCUUGGAGGGCAGGGCAGUUCUUUCCCAAAAGCGAUCACCCUUCUUUCUCAGGCCAGCAGUGAAGCUGCCUGCCUUCAAACAAAACAAAACAAAAACCAGUGUAAGUCUGGAAGGACCAGCUUUUGGCUGCUUUGAUCACUGUGAAAGUGCCCACUGGCUCCUGUUUCUGUUAUGUAUCUACUAUUUAGCGAAGAUGGUUCUUGUGAUUUUUUUUUCUUAAUUUUUAUGUGUGUGAUAAAGUUUCGUUUUGUCAUAAGGAAAAUUUUAUGGCUAAAAAAGUAUGUGCAAAAGGGGUUUAAGAGGCAAAAUGCUGGUUUUCCCCAUUUUUCCAGUCUGCCUAGGGGAAACGGCCUCCCCUUAGCCAACUGGGAUGUCCAGGGUGGGAAACCACUCAUGGCUCUUCUGUUGACUGAACAGGCAUCCGAAGUUUUAAUUUCACCAACACUGAAAGGUAUAGCUGACACAGGAAUAAAAUCGUCUGCUGACCUCUGUCUACCAUUCUUGGUCCAAGUUAAAAGAGAACUCACUCUUUUAGGUGAGUCAUAUAGGGUCAUGUAACUCUUUCAGACUCGGGAGGUCUCAGCUCCUCCAUUUUAAGCCCAGUAUUACCCUACCUGGUCUCCUUUGAGUUUAUCCUUCAACAUCAUACUUUUUAAUAUGUGGUGACUAGAUCCAAACUAUUUCCCCAGAAAACUGUUACUUUUAUAAAGGUGUGGAAUAAAAAAGCAAUUAAAUAGUUGAUUUCCUUUCCUUGUGUUUUUCAAAUACUCCCUAAGACAAGAUGCUGGUUGAAGGUGAACCAAGAGGCACUGAUUUAUUCUAAUCAUGAGUCCCACUAAAACCACAUUGAUUAAAAGUAAAAAAAUUGCAGGUGCCUGAAAACCUGAGUUUUUCUUUCUAAAUAGAAGCUGGUUUAUUGACCUCUCCAUAAAAGGUAAACAAUGAAACAGAUUUGACUUUCACGUUUUUGUUUUCCGGCUUCCUCAGUGGUUACUCCUUUUAGGCAGUCACCUUCUCUGUUCAGAGUUCAGUCUCUGGCUCUCAGAGAAACAGGCACAGGAAGAAAGGAUCCAUCUCACAGUUCCUUAGGGUUGUAUUUCCCACUGCCGAAUUAAGGCAAAAAUCAGGCAAAAGAGACUGCAGUCUGUGGCUGGAGCGGCAUCCAUGUGUGGGCCUGCCAACUGAUCUGAUGUUCUGCCAAACCCCAUCUGCACCAGCUGCCAGAACUUCAAUGGACUUGCAGGUGGGAAGAUUCCUCUUUGAGACAUACCAGAAGUUAUUUACGAUUAAGUAUCUUGUGUGAUCAGACAGGUGAGAUUUCUCAUGCCCUUCCUCCAGCUCAUGCUCCAGUCCCAGCGGUACACACUAGAUGUUUCAUCACUGCCAAUGCAGGUAAUUAACUGUUUCAUAUUCGCUCUCAUCUGCAAGCAUGUCAAGUUCCUGAAGUUAAUAUCCAUGUUGCCUGAAACUGGAAUGUUCAGUUAAUAAAAAAAAUUAAGCUCCAGUUAAACAUAAUUGCUUAAUUCUCCUUGGAGAUGCAUGCACCUGUUGCUAAGUCCUCCUCUGAGCCUGCGUCAGUACUUUCUACAGGGAUCUUAGAGAACUUAAUUAGAGCCCUGACAUUCUACUCCAGAAAGGCAGUCCCAAUUAGACACAAUGCGAUUUUUUUCUCAAAAACUGUUAGGAUGAGGCUAGUAAGGAUUUUACUGCUCUAAGAAAAACUUGAAACUAUUUGAAGAUCUCCUAAUUCCCACCUACAUAUAGAUCCAAUUAUGUUAUUCUAAAUGAAGGAAAAAAAAAACACCCCAUAGUUUUAGCUCAUCUGGACUGGAGUCUGUCAAUGGCAUGAAUUUAAGAACCUCUAUAGUAUCCUAAAAAUUCUUAAUUCUAUCAAUUACCUAAUUCAAAGCUCUCACGUGUUUGGAAUAUCAUGUUCAUGUUCUAAGUAAAGUAGUGAGAAGAGACAUCAGGAGUACAGAAAAUGACCAAAGCUUUUAUUAAUGACUUACGGAAAUCCUAAGGAUCCAUAAAACUUGAAGCCAUUUUGCAAAUGCCUAACUGGGAGUUAGGUCUCAUCUGUGAAACUGCAGAAAGUGCAAAGAUCGUGUUCACUUAGUUUACAGCUGUAUGUACAUUUCUAGAUGCAGCAGAGACCCAAAAGGAAAGAAUCACCUGAAGAGUGAAAUUUCACUGAAUUCAACAGGGUGCAGUCAUAGGGCUGCCAAGGCAUUUUGGGAGGGAAGGGAGCAGAAGCAACAUUUUGGAGGUUUUUUUCUGAAAUGACAGCUUUGUAGAAUAGUAUUUUUAAAAUCUCCAAAACAAACACACAGCAAAUGUUUUUUGAUUUAUCCAGUCCAGUGGCCUAUUUGACACAAUCAUCACCUCUCACUGAGGCUUGCAAACUCUACCUGCUGCACACACAGUUCUUAUUGAAGUUUAUCCAAAUCCUCUUCUGGGUCGCUGAAACCUGUGUUCAUGUCAGCCGGGCUCAAGUGAGCGCUGACUCUGUGGCCUUCUCAAGUUCCCCAUUUCACACACUUGAAGUUACUUUCUAAUUAAUUUCAUGUGACUCACUAAUAGAGACAUGCCUUAGGCUGCCAAGCAUGGACUUUUUAGAAUUGGAAAAAGAACUAUUGAUGGUGGCUGCUGCCACCGUAUCAUCACUGAGCACUCCAUGGCUAUUAAAAUAUAAACAAGUGAAAAGGGUACAAGCUGAAAAGCAGCUAUACAUGCGUUCUCAUUUUACCAAUUCCUGUACAGAGGAAGACAGUUUCACAUAGACAAUGGUUGCAUUUGUGAUUAAUAUUUGAUAAAUUCUCUUAUCACAUUGCAUCUAAGAUCUUACAUAUGACCAAGAAAUCAUUGCCCAGUAACAGCAACUGCUACUGGAAUAACCAGACCCUAACCAUACCCUUGACUUGAUUUUUUCCAUAGUCAAGGUUGCUACAAAUCACCCACUAAUCAUUUGAAAUCCCAGCUCAGCAGAAUAAAGCAAGCUAUAUACAGAAUUCUCACCCUCCAUUCACACAGACGACCUGCCUUUAGGUAGUUCUUGCUGUACUGUUCACUUUGGCACUUUUUGCAAAUCAAACCCAUGUAGAAAAUGUUCUGUUUGUAGAACUCCUAGAAUUCACGGAGAGUGUUCCUGUCAGGACUGCCAAGUGAGAGCCCCUAAUAAGAAUCUGCUUUUGUUUGAACCUAAUGCAAAGAUAAUGAAAUGUUCACUUUUCUAUUUCUAAUCAGUUUCUUGACAUAUUAUCAAGACUUAUUCACUUUGCAUGAGAUUUCAGUUUCCUAUUUGAAAAUGUGCUUUUUAAACCACUUGAAUUAGAAAAACCUGCUUGAAUGUACUGUCAGUUAUUAAAGCACAUGUGACUAAGUUUGCAUUUGUCAGUAUUGUUCUACUGUUUGUACUGAGAGUCUCAUUUUAAAGUUGCCACUUAACACUGUACUAUACCUUGUAAUUUUUUAGAUUCUUCACUUGUAUGCUUUAAAUGUUUCCAGAUGCCUUUAGUUUUAGCUGCUGUAAAAUAGCUACUUUGUGUUAUUUGAUAUAGAAUUUAAAAAAAAAA